GGUUACAUGGGCUAGUGGAGGCCCAUACAAGAAAACAGCAAUUACGACGGUCCAGCACGAGCUGGACACGGAAGCGGAAGCCCAGCAGGAAUCGGUGGAAUCGAUCACAAAACAGAAGAAGCAAUCGAGGUCUCUUGUCCCCAAUCGCCACCGGAAUUUCUAGACGCGUCCAAAAUCCUCCCGGCGGCUGGGCUUCUCGCCGUCCGUCGCCGCCGGGCGACGCGUGCACGGCCGCUGUCGCCGAGGCUCUCCUCUCCUCUCCAGAAAUCGUUUUCCUUCGCGGCUGGGCGAUGGAUUUGGGGACGGAGAAUCGCCUUGCGGCGUUGCUCCUCGAGGAGGCCCGGAGGCUGCGGAUGCAGGUGGAGAAGGAAGGGGUGCACGCCUAUCUGCAGAAACCUAAUGUGAGGCACCGCCCCAACUCGCGGUUCCUUGCCGCCACCGUUCUUGGCGUUCAUCAAGCAAAUCGAGUUGUGGAAGUUAAUGAGAUGUGGCGUGCCAGGGAGAAGGAGCUGGAGCUGGAAUUGAAGAUGAAAACCAGAACCAAUGGUCGAAUUGACUCGAGAUCCCAGAAACGGAAGAACGACUCAAGAGACCAGAGCCCUGUUUCUAAGACCCAGCGAGACAGACCGUAUGGCGCAUCAUUUUCGUCAAGGGAUUCACAAGGCAGUUCUUAUUCGGACCGGGGGGAUGGGCUAGGCGAUGAUGAAAUCGAAGAGUUUCUUCGAUCAAGUUUCUUUGUUAGGGUGAAGCGCGGGCGAGGAGCCAUUGGUUCUAGAAUGGAUGAGCCUGGCCCAUACCUCAAGCCUCCAUCCGGCGUGAAAGAUGAUUCAGUAAGUCCGGAUGCACGAGUGAAAGAAGAACGGAAGCACCGAGUUUAUGGUCCAGAGAAGCCACUAUUUUUUAGAUCUAAAUACUCAGACGAGGAGCCAUCCACCUCGAAGCACAAGCACAUAAAAGAAGAAAAGAACAAUAGUAGCAACCGAGAGAGAAAGGAGGAGAACAGGAGGUCCAAACAUCACCACCGUGAACAUAAAAGCCGAAGUAGGGAGUGAUGGCUGAUGAUUAAUCGGAAUGUGGAGAAAAGUUUCACCCUUUGCCGCUAAGUAGUGACCUGUUGAAAUUAUUGUAUCAAAUAAAACAUGUCUCUUUUGAAGUGAAUAGAAGGUCUUUUCUCUCAU